GAUGUGGGGUGAUGUUUCUGAACGCAGUCAAGAAGAAGAAGACCGGAGUGACUGGGAGUGACAAGUAAAAAGCUAUCUCGGAUUUGGGGAAAUUGAGGUUAAGGCGUGUCUUUCUCUCUUAUUAAAUAGGUUUUUCUAUAAUAUUUAUUUAGAGACGAUUUAUUCCCCUUUCGUCAAACAUGACGCUCACAAAUAAGAUGGAUAUAGACGAGAAAAAUGCUAAAGGAGAGGGUUUUAAACCAUAUUACAUUACAAAGAUCGAAGAAUUGCAGUUAAUUGUUGCUGAAAAAAGUCAAAAUUUAAGGAGAUUACAGGCACAGCGUAAUGAACUCAAUGCGAAAGUACGCAUGUUACGUGAAGAAUUGCAGCUCCUACAGGAACAAGGUUCCUAUGUAGGAGAAGUAGUAAAACCCAUGGACAAAAAGAAAGUCCUAGUCAAAGUACAUCCGGAAGGCAAAUUUGUGGUAGACAUAGACAAGAACAUUGACAUCAAUGAUGUGACUCCAAAUUCGCGUGUUGCUCUGCGCAAUGAAAGUUAUACUCUACAUAAAAUACUACCUAAUAAAGUUGAUCCACUUGUUUCCCUUAUGAUGGUAGAGAAAGUGCCAGAUUCUACGUAUGAAAUGGUGGGAGGUUUGGAUAAACAAAUAAAAGAGAUAAAAGAAGUCAUAGAAUUACCAGUCAAGCAUCCAGAAUUGUUUGAUGCUCUUGGAAUUGCGCAGCCUAAAGGUGUAUUGCUGUAUGGACCACCAGGUACCGGCAAGACUCUACUUGCGAGAGCAGUCGCGCAUCAUACAGAAUGUACUUUCAUUCGCGUAUCUGGAUCUGAAUUAGUGCAGAAAUUUAUCGGAGAAGGUUCUCGUAUGGUUCGUGAACUUUUCGUCAUGGCGAGAGAGCACGCGCCGUCUAUAAUAUUCAUGGACGAGAUCGAUUCCAUUGGAAGUUCCCGAAUUGAAUCUGGAUCUGGUGGCGAUAGUGAGGUACAACGUACCAUGUUGGAAUUACUUAAUCAAUUAGAUGGUUUCGAAGCAACAAAGAACAUAAAAGUUAUUAUGGCUACAAACAGAAUUGACAUCUUGGACCCAGCAUUAUUGCGACCUGGGCGUAUUGAUCGUAAAAUCGAAUUUCCACCUCCAAACGAAGAAGCCAGAUUAGAUAUCUUAAAAAUUCAUUCUAGGAAAAUGAAUUUGACACGUGGAAUAAAUCUAAGAAAGAUAGCUGAACUCAUGCCUGGUGCAUCAGGAGCAGAAGUCAAAGGUGUUUGUACGGAAGCUGGAAUGUAUGCUCUUAGAGAACGUCGAGUUCAUGUGACUCAAGAAGAUUUUGAGAUGGCUGUAGCGAAGGUGAUGCAGAAAGAUUCCGAGAAGAACAUGUCGAUCAAGAAAUUAUGGAAAUAAUCAGCUUCGCAAUUUUUUCAACGUCACAUUAAUAACUUUCAAUAUACUAUUGUAUUCUUUCAUAAGUGAAUUGUUUUAACCGAAUAGGAAUAAUAAUGUAUUUAAGAUGUGUAAACAUAGAAACCUCAUAAAAUUAGAGAUAACAAUAAAACUUUAUUAUAUGAAA